AUGACUGACCAAACAAACACGGAACAAUCUGUUGAUUUGACCACAGAUAAUACGACUGAUUUAAAAAAGUCGAUGGCUUCAAUGAUGUCUGAAAUGAUGUCGGUCAUGAAAGACGAUAUGCUCAGACAGUUUGAGGAGUACUUUGCCGCUCCUGAGCCUGAGGCCAACACUGGUGAUGUUGAGGCAAAUAGUGAUCAACCCUCACCCGAUGUGUCGGCUGCCAUCGAAAAUUAUCUACAGCCUCCAGACCCUAAUUCGACGUCGAGUGCAUUUGACGAGUUAGCUGCGGAAUUUUCUACCACAGACAAAACGGCACCGGCAAUUGAUGACAAACUGGCUAAUAUUUAA